AUGCCUUAUUACGCUGUUGCUAGGGGACGCGAAGUGGGUAUUUAUUCGAGUUGGAGAGAAUGUCGGCCACAAGUAUAUUGUUGUAAAGGAGCUCGUUAUAGGAAAUUUGAGAACUUGAUUGAAGCAAAAGAAUAUUGUGAAAACGACGGACGAUACUACAUUUAUCCAGUAUACGUCGAUGGAGCAUGCAGAAAUAAUGGACGUGAAAACGCCAAGGGUGGAUAUGGAGUUUACUAUGGGGAUGAAGACCCAAGAAAUGUAUCAGUACCUUUAGAUCGGGUUGAUCCUAAUGGAAUUCGUCCUACUAAUCAACGUGCUGAAUUGUGGGCCAUGAACCAUGCUUUGAAAAACAUUUUGAACGAAUUACAAGACGAAACUGAGAAGGGAAAAGCUAUUAUUUAUAGUGAUUCAAUUUAUGCCAUCAAUUGUCUUACUAAAUGGCCGGAAAAAUGGAUUUACAAUGGAUGGCAAAAUAGUCGAGGUCGUACAAUUUCCAAUCAAGAAUUAAUUGAAGAGAAUUAUGACUUGUAUGAGCUGAUUAAUGAGGAAUACGAUGACAGAGAUUGGGGGAGCUUACGUUUUGUUCAUGUAAAGGGUCAUUCUGGUGUGGAGGGAAAUGAAGAAGCUGAUAGAUUGGCCAACUUAGCUGUUGAUGAAUAUGGUCAAAGAUCCAUUUUUCGUUCAAUUUUUGGAUUUUAA